AUGCCUCUCUUGAAUUUGCAGGACGUUCCAUCCACACGUCUGGUAGCAUGGCUGGAUACGCCAGGGCAAGGGGCGAAGCUCAUGUUUCGAAAUGUUGCGAUACCUGCGCCAAUAUCGAAAGGCGACGUCUUAGUCCAGCUAGAGUGCACAGGAGUCUGCCACUCAGAUGUGCACGGCAUCUACGGAGAGACACCAAUGACGACUCACAUUCCUGGGCAUGAAGGAGUUGGGUUGAUCGUCAAAGUCGGUCAAGAUGUGCCAGACCGAAUGCUUGGCUCACCGGUGGGAAUGGCCUGCCCCAGACAACAGAACUGUGGCCGUGAUCAAGAAGGGACAUUUUCUCAGUUCUUGGUCAUCCCGUUCGAGUCUGUCUUCAUCAUCCCCGAAGCUCUCUCUCUAGAGAUCGCUGCCCCUCUGCUGUGUGCCGGUAUCACGAUAUUCUCCGCCAUACGCAAGACACGGCUCCGGGCCGGUAAUUGGCUGGCAAUCUUCGGUGCUGGAGGAGGACUAGGUCAUAUUGGCUUGCAGAUCGCAAAUGCGAAAGGCUACCGUGUCAUCGCCAUCGACGUUGGCAUUUCAAGGCGUGAUGCAUGCCUAACGUCAGGUGCGACAGAAUUUUUUGACGCCGGGGGUGAUGUUGUCGACGAGAUCAAGCGCAUUACAGGUGGCUACGGCACUCACGGCGUCAUUGUAGCCGUGGGAAGUCAGUCAGCAUACAGCACAGGGCUACAAGUAGUGCGUAAUGGCGGCACUGUGGUCUGUGUGGGCAUUCCUAGCAAGACAUACAGUCUGCCAGUUUCUCCUUUGUCGUUGAUAAUCAAGGGGAUCACGGUGAUUGGAACGUCAGUUGGGACAAAGACAGACAUGGAAGAGCUGUUUGGCAUGGCAGUGGCAGGGACUGUCAGGCCUGUCGUUGAGAUGUUUGACUUUGCCGACGUUAAUGUUGUGUUGGAGAGUCUAGCACGCCACGAUAUCCAUGGCAGGGCGGUCUUACGUCUCCAGUAG